AUGGUAACCUUGGACUGCUCCGGGGACUUCAGGAUCAUCUUGGAGGUUGUGGCAGCUUCUGCCCACCAUCGAGACGGUGACUCGAGGUCGACAGCGAACCUGAUGCUACUUGGCGACGGAAGAGAUGCCACCGUCGUGACCGGCAGCAAGAAUGUGCACGACGGCAUCACAACAACCCUCAGGUCUGCAACCUUCGAGUCCACUAACAUGUUUUUGAGACAAAAUAAGAUGGUUGAGGUUAGUCCAUCAAAUCAUGCACAUGGUUGGCAUUGUUUGAAUGACUUCUCCAGCCUCUCCAAUCACUACGACGUCCCCAUGCAAGCAUUCAUCUUUGACUGCCUCGUUCUCGAUCUCCUCCGCCUUGUGCUUGCAGUCAUCACCGGCAACGUCAUGACGUUCGAGAACACAGCCGGACCGGAGAAAAACCAAGCCAAGGGCUACCAAGCCACAGUCAUCUACCGCUGCGGAUUCAAGGGCUACCAAGGCACUCACUAUGUGCACUCGCAGCGGCAGCUCAUCUACGGCACCGUCGACUUCAUCUUCGGCGACGCGGUAGCCGCUCUCCAGAGCUGCAACAUCUUCGUCCGUGAUCGUGCAGGGACGGGCCGACCCCAACACAAUAACACGGGCAUAUCGAUCCACUGCUGCAUCGUCGUCAUCCCCGCCGUCGACCUCAAACCGGUGCAGGAACGCCUUCAAGACCUACCUCGGCCAUGGCGGAAGUAUUCGAGGACCGUCUUCAUGAAGACGUCGUUGAGCAGCCUGGCUGAUCCGCCGGGUGGCUCCAGUGGAACGGAAGCUUUGCACUGA